AUUUCACGAAGUAAACCGAUUCCCAUGCAAGUGUCGGAUAUAUUUGAAUAUCUGUAGCGUCUUAUAUCUUAUUACUACUCGCCAUACGACAAUAACUUAAUCGUGAAGUGAUAACCGCGAAAUAAAAUUUGUAGUGCCGGUGAAAAAAAUUUCGCGAAACCAAAAUGAAUACGUUCAAAUGCGGAAAGACCACUUAUUCCAGACAAGACGAUGAAGAGGCGAUAAAGACUUUCGAACAGUCUAUGGCACACGGAGCUUCAGAAUUUGGGUUAUCUAUGGCAAAAUUAUUGUACAAAGAGGAGGCCGAAAAAAAUGUGCUGUUUUCCCCCAUCAACAUUUACUCAGCUUUAGCCUUAGUGCUGUUGGGGUCUGAUGGCGAAACUUUUGAAGAAAUAGCUGCAUUAAUGGGACUACAAGGAAGAAGAAAAAAUGACGAAGAAACGAGCAAAACUCAUGAAAUUUUAGGCCGAGUAAUGGAAGCGAUAGAAAACACGGCGGAUAGGAUUAUCAGAUUACGCGAAGGGGGUGAAAAGAACAUGAAAAGUAUCAUUAAUAUCACAAACGGCGUAUUUGUACAAGAUGAUGUCAAUUUUGUUAAAUCGUAUGUCACCCAAGCUCGAUCAUUCUACAAAAGCAAAAUUUCCAACGUCGAUUUUCGUCAAAACCCAUCCAAAGCUACCGAUAUCAUAAACGAAUUCAUUUCGGAAAGUACUCAAAAAAGAAUACCCCAGUUAUUUAAACAACCGGUUGAUAGUGAUACGCGUAUUAUUCUCGCAUCUUGCGUAUACUUCAAAGCAACAUGGGAUGAACAAUUCCACAAAGGUGCAACAAAAGAUGAAAAUUUCUACACCGGAUCCGAUAAUACGUUGGUAAAAAUGAUGCAUUUCGAAAAAGAAAUACCAUACGUUGAUCUGCCUGAUUUGCAUCUGGAAGCAGUGCGUUUGAAAUACGAAGGCAAUGACGUAUCCAUGAUUGUGAUCCUUCCCAAACCUGAAAAAACAUUAGGCGAUUUGAUUUCAUCAUUACGAGUCGAAGAUUUACAACAGAUCGUCGAUCAUCGGGGGUUCGCGAACGUUGAUUUGAAAUUACCUCGCAUGAGGUUCAAAUGGGAAUCGGAUAUGAACAACUAUCUCGUCCAACUUGGCUUGAAGAAAGUUUUCAGCGAUCAAUGUGAAUUAAAUAAUAUGGUAUCGGAUCCUUCUUUGAAAAUUUCCAACGUUACUCAUGCAGCAGAAAUUGAAGUCGAUGAAAAUGGAACUGAAGCGAGUGCUGUGACUGCGGUGCGAUAUAUGCUGAUGUGCUAUAGGGAACCUGAAAAACCAAAACAAUUCCACGUUAAUCGACCGUUUUUAUUCUACAUUUAUCACCAAAAAACCAAAACUAUAUUAUUUUUGGGAGCAGUUCAUAAUCCUCAAACAGCAUAGAAAUAAGUUUGACUUCUAAGCUGCCAAGUUUCAUUCACUUUAAUCGAGCACCAACCUAUGUACUACUUUAAAAUUGGUGUGAAUAUGUGUAUUGUGUACCUACUUGAUAAAGAAAUGAAAAAAAAUCAACUUGUCAGGUUAAUUUUUUGAAAAUUUCGGCUCCCAAAACUAUACGCUUUUAAAAGUGCAGAUUCCAAAAUGCGCUCAAAACCUCGAAAGAGUCGAUUAAGAAAAGACGAUUCACAGAGUUGUAUAGCUGGCCAAGUACAUUUUCCGACCAUUUUCGAGCGAUUUUUUGAUAACUCUGGGCCCAAAAAACAUCCUUAUUAUUACGGAUUCACAGAUUCAAAAUCACGGGUUCAAGAACCAAGAAAUUCGACUUGUGACUUGAAAAAACGUUUUCCAGAAUAUUGCAGCUGCCCGAUGACAUUUUCGACCAUUUUUGGAAAACUUUUUCGAAAAUUUGGGGCCUAAGAAUUCUGACCAGAAAUAAGAAAUUUUCUCCGACUUUGAUUUCUUCAAUUCUUAAAAAAUGUUUCCAACUUGGAAAGGAUUCAAUACAAAGGGAUCAAGAUAGCUCGGGGGCCAAGAGAUAUUUCUACUUUCUACACAUUACUUAAAAAAGAAUGAUCAUUCAGAAAAAUUAGUUCAUUUUAGGAAAACUUGAAUUUUCUGACGUUUUUAAACGGGGGGAGGGGAUAGUACGGCAUAUGACAAUAGGAGUAAUUGCACCGCCCCCCCUCCGCCGAUCCUCCGGGACAACUUUUUUCUUAACGGGGACAUCCUAAGGAACAUUUUAAAGCAAAUUUGCCCCAAAAAAAAGUUGUCCUGACUUACAAAACGGCGGCCAUUUUGAUUGACAGGUCAUUUAAUUCCCUACAAUUUCGUAUAUUUGAAAUUUCCGUAGGACGCUCUGUUUCAAAAGUGUAAGCCUUCAAAGUUGGAUUAACGAGAAUUUUAUGAAAAUUUACUGAAUUUCAAGUUUAACUUUUUUUACUCAAACUUCAAACCUUGCUCCUGUGAAACCGAGCGUCCUACGAAAAUGUCAAAUAUACCAAAAUGUAGAGAAUUGAAUUCUCUUUCUACGUACAGUCAGUCAUCCGAUUUUGCUAGGACGUACGGUCCGUCCGGCAUAUGCGAAAAACUAAAACACUAAAAAUUUCCUCAUGUUUACUUCAAAGAGCUUUUGUGAGCGUUUGGAAAAAAUUUUUUUUUGGUUCAAACACAUCAAAAUGUUCUUGAAGGAUAGGGCUUUCACCCACAAUAAACAUUUUUUCAAAAUUGUUAGCGGUAUCAUUGUAGCGAGCAUUUUAAAAACGGUGUAACAUCGCGAUUUUUCUGCUCGUUCAAGUAAUUUGCACGCUACUGUAUACAAUACCUCAACCUGGUUGGAAUGCCGCAGAGGAAAUGCUCCGCGACUACCUAAUAGAGAUGCCAAGAGGUGCUUACAUACGUUGGGCUUCAGCGCCGAUGUAUUCCCUAUUGCCAAAUGCCAAUUCACGAAGACCGACUAACUUUUUGCUGAUGGUAGAAUUCUACGAUGCGCAAAAUAAUUUAUUCAACUGGAGAGGAGAAGGUGCUCAACGUUACUUCAAUUUUCUCAACGCUCCUGCAGAAGCAUGCAGAAAUCCGAAUAAUAAUGCUUGGUGGACUUGGUCAAAACCAAAUUAAAAUUGCAUAUCUACUUAUUACAAUUUUUUUCACUUAUUUUAGAAUUUACCGAUUUUGCUUGAUUUUUUUGUGGAACCCGUUCAUCAGGUAUGUAAAUUAAAGAAAAUUCAGAAUCACUUACGAAAAAAUGUGAAUGUUCAAAGCUGCGCUUUUAGACAGAUAGCCCCACUUUCAAAAGUAUGCGAAAUACCAGGGAUAACUAUAACUCAAAAAUUUGAAAAAAAAAAAAUGAAAUACGCGUAAGUUUUACACUCAUUACAAACUAGUGAUAUUUCGUUUAGGAACUCGGAACUAAUCAGGGGUGCAGGAGAUCCACAAUUUUGGUCAAAUUUUGCAGAAAAAAAAUCCUAAAAUCAUGUAAAAUACAUCGUUUGUUACAUUUUCGAGAGUGUUGAUUACGAAUUUUUACUCCAUUUUUCAAUCUCGCGACUCCUCACCCCACCUCCAGAGAGAGCUGAGACUAAAAUUGCGGCGGUUUUUUAACCUACAAUGAGAGGAUCCCACAAAACUUUCUUGAGAAAAAUCGGACGGCCUAAGAUCAUUUUUGGUCCGCGCGUUAAUUUGGAAUAACCCUGUACUUUUUUUUUCAAAAUAUGCAUUUAAAGUUUUUUUCUUUUACGAUUUUACUACUCGUAUAAUACCUAUCUAAUAUUUAUAAUAUUCCACCCAUGAUUCAGUAAUCAUUUUUCAAAAAAUUAACUUUUUAAAAGUAUUCAUACUUACUCGUACAUUAACCAAUUUCUUCAAACAUUGAGUAGAUAUUAAUUUUAAUGAAACUUUUAUAUUUUAAGAACUCUCAUGCAGUUGAGUAUAUUAUAUCAUCAAGUCACAAAUUGUAACCAAUUUUUGAAAAUAAACACGUUGCAUUUUCAUUCA